AUGGAUCCUCCGCGGCGUAUUGCGGAUUAUUCGGAACAUUCCCACGCUCGGUCACCGCAUCGCAUCAUCAACGUCACGGUGCGAGGCCUCUGCCAGUGCUCGCAUAAUCAAGUUGAACGUUUGAACGUUCAGAAGGGCUUUGCUCACCCGCCAUGGGGUCAUAUUUGCAGGCUCGCUUACUGUGACGGGAUCUACCCGCCAACUGUGUGGCGCAUCUCAUCGGACACCGUUCUCAAGAGAACCGACGAGUCACCCUUCGAGCCAUAUACGAUGCUACUGGUAUCAUCCACAACAACAAUACCUAUCCCUAAAGUCCGUAAAUACGUCACCUGGAAAUCCGACGUAUGGGUCUUCAUGGAGUACAUCGAAGGGCGCACCCUCGAGGAGGCUUGGCCCUCUCUCAGCAUCACCACGAAGCUCUGGAUUGCUUGGACACUCCGCGGUUAUAUCCACCAACUUCGCCGGGUUCCACUACCUACACCACGCAUCCCGGGUCCUAUAGAUGGUUCUGGCCAACCCCGUCAGUGUAUAGGAUGCUACUUCGCCGAAGACCUUGGCGCGGGUCCUUUCGCCUCAUACAAGGAGCUCGUAGCGUGGUACGACAGAAAAGCGGACCUUGCUGUCCGCAUAGACCAUCGAAUGUCUCAAGCUCGUGGACAGAGUCCUUCCCUAUCGGACAAUUUGGUCUUCGAUGAUACAGCACCACUCGUUUUUACUCAUGGUGAUAUUGCACUGCGGAAUCUCAUAUUCGGUGAUGACGGCAGGCUGUGGCUGAUUGAUUGGGGAUGCUCUGGGGUUUAUCCACAGUUCUUCGAGUACGCCUGCAUGGCAACUUACCGUAAUAAUUCUGCACCUCGUCUCUGGCGAUGGUUGAUACCUUUCAUGGCGGGAUGGUACCGAUCUCAAUUGUCCUACUUACAAUCCCUUACCGAAGCACUGAUGCUCUACGGUGUCGAUUAGUUACUCCCACACCAUUUCGUGAUCCCUGACUUGCGAAAUCAUUCUGAGCUCAAGCAUGGAUGGGAGUCCACGAAUGCGUGGAUGGCC